GUGUGAAGCACCGCCAUCAGUGCACCGAAAUUACAAACAACCCUUGCAACGAUAUUAGCCGUCGCGUCGAAACAAAGAAUACAUUUUGUAGAAAUUGUAGUUCCAUUUGUUUGUUUAUUCAUCAGAAUGGAGUCUGGAGAUGAAGGUUCAAAAACUGAAGACAAAUCUUCACACACCCGCGUUUUCCUGGAAAAUCUCCCUAAGGACAUAAGGAAGGAUGAAAUAGACAAAACUUUCUCGCGUUUUGGCCACAUUGCUAAAGUGUACUUGAUAUAUGAUCCUCCCGGUAGUGGUUUUGUUGAGUACCUCGACUGUAGAGAUGCUGAAUACGCAGCCAACCAAAUGGAUGGCGCCGAGUUCAUGGGCGCUCGAGUGUCAGCUAAAGUGACUAGAGGAGGAGUGGCGAGGGGCAGAGGUUUCUCACGAGGCGGUCCCUUCAGGGGUCGUGGUUACGGUGACGGCGAUCGUGGAGGUUUCAGAGGAGGUUUUGUACCGCGUGGUGAUUACAGGGGAGGCCGCGGAGGAGGGUUCAGGGGGAGUUUCCGUGGUGGUGAUCGCGGCGGUUUCAGAGGACGCGGUAAUUUCAGAGGUAGCUUCCGUGGAGGCUUUGAUGGAGAUCGAGGUGGGUUUGGAGGCAGGGGUUACAGCCGUGGUGGUGGCCGUGGAUAUUAUGAAAGAGGAAGUGGCUUCAAGUCUGGAGGUUCUUAUAGCUCUCAUGAUGGCUAUGAAAAAUUCGAUUCUUUUGAAAAGCCGUACAAUAAGAGCUAUGACAAAGGAUAUGACAAGCCAUACGACAAAGGUUAUGACAAGCCCUAUGACAAAGGUUAUGACAAGCCCUAUGACAAAGGCUAUGACAAGCCUUACGACAAAGGUUUUGACAAGGCAUAUGAUAAGGGUUAUGACAAACUGUACGAUAAACCAUAUGACAAAUACGAAAAAGAAAAUGGUUUCUCCCGCUACCCGCCCUCUGAGAAGUACGCAAGUGGCGGUUACAGCAGCAGCAGUGGAUUGGGUGCACCUCGCGAAGGCUACAGCUCCUCCCGUCGAGAUGAUUAUGCCCGCAGCCGCUCUCCAGUCUCAAGGUCCCGGUACAAACCUUCUUCUCCGUACCCUGCUCGCGACAGGUCCCGUAGUCCUCACCGUGCAAUGGAUGACCCGUACUACCGCGGUGCCGGUGGCUACAGCACUUCGAACAGCAGCAGCAAGAUGCCCUAUGUCGCAUCUUCCGUCGCCGUCAUGAGUAGCAGUAAAGGCCCAGGAUGGGAAGAUUACGGCGGUGGCCGCAGUGCUUCCUAUGACCGAGAUAGGCGGCGACCGCCGGCAGACAGAGACAGUGAUAGAAAACGCGAUGAAGGAUCGCGCUCCUCACGAUACUCGUCGGGAUACUCCACAUCGGGCGCUCCCCAGAAGGAAUAUUUUGCAUCAAGCUCGUCUUAUGGAAGCCGCCGAGCUGACGAUGUGCCGCGUUAUUAACGCACUCAAGACCUUCGUGGGUUACUCGUAGCGUUACCGAUCUCGAGUCUCGUCUACGUGUAGGGUGUGAGAAGACUUAUGGAAGCCCUCACGGUUGAAACUUAACUAAUAAGUCUUGACAUAUAUGGUUUUAGUUCUAGUAAUAUGUGUGCUCAAUGAGCUAUCAUCCUUGAAAAUUUCAACUUAUCUCAUUUGUAGCUUGACGCUCGCAUCGUCUUGCAUUUUAUGAGUCAUCCGAAUCUACCGUCUAAAAUAUGCUAGUGUACAGAAUAAUGUGAGUUGUUUUCAUGGUCGGAGGUUGUGCUUGUGAACGUUCGGCUUUACCGAACACCAGUGGAGUCUUCCACUUGAGUUCGAUGACCAUCGGUCGUUCUGUAACGAAUUUCUGGAACUGCUAUAAGUUGCGGUUGAAAUGCUUCAUAAAUAUUGUACCAUUUCAUGGAACUUGAAUAUUUUAACGAAAUGUUUCCAGUUGUGAGUAACCAAUUUAUUUCUCUGCGCUGCGUAUGAAUGGUGAAAGUUGAUCAGUGCAGACCUACCUAUUGCUUCUUGUGGAACAUUCAUUCAAACAGUAGAACAAAAGUUUAAAAGUGAGGUGCAAUGAAGGAAUAUAGACGUUUUCACAUUUUCUAAGUUAACCUAUCACGUGCGACCGCAAAAUAAGCUGAAUAAGCCUUAGAGCAAAAAGUACCCUGAAAUGCUUAGUUACGAUCAGAAGAUCCGAUUAGAUUUAGUGUGUACAAGCAAUCAUUGUUUGAUUUUGAAAGGUGAGAAAAAACACUACCGUAAUGAUCUUCUUUCAAGUUGUUAUGGCCCGACAGAAGAAACCGGCACAACUUUAUGGAAGCUGAUGAUAAAAACACCGGAAAUAGAAGUUUGAAAGACUUAUUCCAGGAACUAAGUUCUCGGGACCAAACGGAUUGAGAAUAAAAUUUGCAAGCCUCUGAAGUUUUGUUUCAAAUUUUUGAUAGCUCACAAGUAGCGUAAAGCAAACGUGUUUAAUUUAAAUACAUACCCAACAAAACGGUAUUGGUCCUUGCCACAGUAGUGAUCUGCAACACUGUUAUAUAUAUGCGCGUUCGCUGGUAAAUGGAAUACUCUCGUGGAUAUUAAGUUGGUUUUGAGGCGCGAGCAUGAACAACCACCAUUGAAGAGUAGGUUAGUCCUAUGAUGUUCUAGAUUUAAUCUGUAAGCUAAACUUUGUCGUCACGUGUGGAUGUCGCAAUUUCCUAAACGCAGGCCAAGAGUUGCUUCGUGAUCGCGUUUAUGAUUUGAAAAUCCUGAACGUAUGACGCAAAUAAUCUUACGUUCUCUCAAUACUAUUGGUUGUCUUGAGUCAAGAUUUGUGAAGCGCGAAAUCUUUUGCGAAGAAAUUAGAUGUCCAAGGCACCGCACCGUUCUUUUCGAUGAAAUUUAAUCAAUCUACGAGUACAUUGUUGAAAUUACAGAAGUGGUAUUCCAGGGUAAACAUCUUGGAGUUCCAAUUUGAAUUCGAAUGCCAUUUAUUUUGCGACAUUUUCAUUUUAUUUCUCUGUUGCAAGUUUUGAUUGAGAAUUGUAAUGAUACCUUAGCUCCGAAGCCGAGCGUUUUUUAUAGUUACGUACAUGAUUUUACAACGCAAGGGGCUCUAAGCGCCCUUCAUUGUAGUACUGUUACUUCAACAAUGCUUGAAUUUUAAUAGUUGGGCUCUUCUGGAUUCCGUUGUACGUUAUGUAAAUCAUUGCCUCAUUUCCAUGCACAGAAACCGCUAAACCUCUUCACUAACUUCGCCGAUUGGCUGGUUCACUCCAGAUGUAUACUGGAUCAAACCACGAUUUUCAGCCGGUCGGCUUCUUUCUUCUGCCAAUUGUGUGAAUAUAUGUUUUUUUUUCGUUUAACCGCGCUUCAAGGAGUAAGCUAACGAUUAGUUUUCAUGUAGGAUUAAAUGUGGACUUUAA